GUUCGUGGUCUCUCAGCGUUGUUCGCAGCUCUUCUACCUCGUACACUAUGUCCGGACGCGGCAAGACCGGCGGCAAGGCCCGCGCCAAGGCCAAGUCGCGCUCUUCACGCGCCGGCCUUCAGUUCCCUGUAGGCCGCGUACACCGGCUGCUGCGGAAAGGCCACUACGCCGAGCGCGUGGGCGCAGGCGCGCCGGUGUACCUGGCAGCGGUGCUCGAGUACCUCACUGCCGAGAUCCUGGAGCUGGCGGGCAACGCGGCCCGCGACAACAAGAAGACGCGCAUCAUCCCGCGCCACCUGCAGCUGGCCAUCCGCAACGACGAGGAGCUCAACAAGCUGCUGGGCGGCGUGACCAUCGCGCAGGGCGGCGUCCUGCCCAACAUCCAGGCCGUGCUGCUGCCCAAGAAGAGCAGCGCCACCGUGGGGCCCAAGGCGCCGGCGGUCGGCAAGAAGGCCUCGCAGGCCUCUCAGGAGUACUGAGGGGGCCCGCGCCGAGGCCGCCCAGCCCUCCCCACACCUCCACAAAGGCCCUUUUAAGGGCCACCACCUCCCUCACAGAAAGAGCUGAGCCACUUCGGGCUGCGGCGGCUUGCCGCGUCCCCAUCCUUUCUCUUUCCCUCCUCUCCCCUCCCCGCCCUCGCGCCACUCUUCCCCUUACCCCGCACGGCCUCCGGUUCUGCCACGGAGGACGCGGGCGCCGCGGCACCUGCCCAUCCCGGAGCUCGUGACAUCGCUUCGCCGUUCUCGGUUGUGGACGACGGCUCCGUGCGGAGAGGCUGCGGCGCCUUCCCGGAGUCUCGGCCCCUCGCUCAGACGUCCGGCCGCGGUGGGCUUGAAGGUUAGUCCCUCCGCAGCUACAGCCCCGGCGUCUUUGCUUCAGCUUGGUGCUUAGCCCUCGCCUGGACCUUUGAAAAGUGACUUGAUUGCCGGGCUUAGAGGAGGAGAAAUGGAUCACAUUGUUUCCUUCGGUGUCACCGUUGCUGGCCUCAUACCAGUUGACCCUGUCGCCAUUCGUAGGCCAGUGUGGUGUGGCGGGGCCAAAAAUGGUUGUAAUGUGAACCCAGUUUCUCUAGGAAUACCUCCCGGCAAGGGUCAGAGAGACGCUUACCGGCCUGUGGACAAGAGUUCUAUACCUGCCGCAGGCGACUGGCAGCCGGGCCUAGCCAUCCAUCCCCUCUUCCCCAGCGACUCAACUACAACCCAAACACCUAGAUACCAGCACAAGCCGGUGAAUCCCUGUCUGGACUGAGCCUCUGGCUUCUGAACUGGAACUUUUGCAGCUAUUACAAGUUUAGAACCUUAAGUGGGGAGAUUUAAUGGGCUAAUUUUAUUAAAGGAUCGUUUGGUUUUGUUUUUUUAAAAAA